GCGCCCUAGACGCCAUCCGUAUUUGGCAAUCUUGAAGGAAGCCAUUUUGUGUUAGCAGGUAAAGAAGCGGCAUAAGAUUAAGGAUUAAAUAAGUUUAAAUUGUGAAACCCUGUGGUAUUGCCUGCAUUUGUGUAGCACGUUGUCAGGAAGCAAUGUCGGGAUCUGGAGAUCAUGAUGAUGAGAGCUACGUUGUGAAGCUGCGAGGUUUGCCGUGGUCAACCACGGUGGAUGAGAUCCUGAAAUUCUUCAAUGACUGUAGCAUAAAGGAUGGGAAACUUGGUAUUCAUAUGACCAUGUCGAGAGAGGGGCGGCCAAGUGGCGAGGCAUACGUGGAGAUGGAGACAGAUGAAGAUAUUGAGAAAGCUUGCAAGAAAGACAGAGAUCAUAUGGGACAUAGGUACAUUGAAGUGUUCAAGGCCAAAAGAUCUGAAAUGGAAUGGGUUGUGAAACGCAGUGGCUUGAACUUGGAAAAUGCAAUGGAUGAUGGUUGUGUGAGACUCCGGGGGCUACCGUUUGGUUGCUCAAAAGAAGAAAUAGCACAAUUCUUUUCAGGGUUGGAGAUAGUACCCAACGGGAUUUCCCUACCGACUGACUACACGGGAAGGAGUACGGGGGAGGCUUACGUUCAGUUUGUAAACAAAGAAGUGGCAGAGAAAGCUCUGCAGAAACACAAGGAUAAAAUAGGACACAGGUACAUCGAAAUAUUCCGUAGCAGUUUGUCAGAGGUUCGAGCUGCUAUUGGACCCAAGAUGCGCCCUAUGGGUCCAGGGGGCUUCAAUCAAAGGCCAGCUCCAUAUGACCGAGGUGACAGAUUUGGUGGAAUGAACCGUUACAACAAUAUAGGCAGAGGGUCUCGGAGCUUCAAGGGUUUUGGAGAUUUUGAUGAUGGGCCAAGUCCCUGGGGAUUCAACUCUUCAUGGGGCAGUGGUGGUGGGCCCGGUCUGCGUGGCAGCCUAGGUGGCCGUGGAGGUGGUCUCAACAUGAACAUGAACAUGAACUCCGGUGGAUUUGGUGGACUAGGAAUGGGCCGUGGUGGUCGUGCUGGAGGUGGUGGCGGCGGUAGUUGGAGCAGCAAUGGGGCUGGACUGGGUGGAGGUGGUGGAGGGGGUGGACAUUGCAUCCACAUGAGGGGAUUGCCCUUCAGAGCAACUCAGGCAGACAUUGCUGAUUUCUUCAGGCCAGCUGUGCCAAUAAACAUACGUCUCCUGUACGAUAACAGUGGGCGUGCAUCUGGAGAAGCAGAUGUGGAGUUCGCAACUCACGAAGAAGCAGUGAAGGGCAUGUCCAAAGAUAAGGGACAUAUGCAACAUCGGUACAUUGAACUGUUCCUGAACUCCACACCCGGCAACUCUGGAGGUGGUGGUGGUUUGGGCGGUGGCAACUUUGGCAGUAUGGGUGGUGGUGGAUUUGGGGGUGGUUCUGGAGGUGGAGGCUUUGGAGGUGGUUUGGGAAACAGUUUCCAGAGAGGAUGUUCAAGCAACUUGGGGAGUGGAAUGGGGUUCAGUAGCCAGAUGGGCGGUAGCAAUUACAGCUCAUUCUAAAAUUUCAGAUCAACCCACCUGUUUUCACAUAAUAUUAUUGCAUAGGGCGUUGAGAGGGAAUCAUGUGAAUAGUUUGAAGAACACUUCAUGGGGUUCCCCUUUCAUCUGUUCAUACAUGCGCAGCGCUAUUAUAUGCUCAGCUUGCAGUAUACCGACUUCUUCCUCUCUCUAGUACCCACAAGUGGCAGGGUCAUUUUCAUUACGCAUAUGAUAUGCAGCAUUUGCAAGCCCUUUACUAAAACUGAUUCACUAAUGACUCUUAAAUAUCACUGAUAUAUUGAUGGACUUUUACUCUUUGUGUUUAGUUAAAAUACUGGCCUAUAUAUGUUUGAACAUUUAUCGUUUUGUUCUUAAAAUAAGAUAUUUUUUGGUUUUGUCUUAAUUGUGUCAUCUGGAAGUUAUUCUUCAUGUAAUGUAGAUGAACUGUACACAGAAGAAUGUUACUUAAGAAUUGUAAGUCUGUAUAAGCUCACUUUCGUAAUUGCCAACAAUCCUGCAGGUACAAUACAUUAAGAGGCAUUUUCUUUGUAGUUCUGAUUUGCUGUAGAAAUUUCACUUGCAGUGGUGUUUCAUUGUACCAGUUUGACAGCUUGCAUACAAGAUUUCUGUUGUAAUCCAUGUGUAGUAGUUUUUGUGCAUUAAAGGCUUAUUUAAUAAUUCAUAAAAAUUAUUUGUCGUUAUGGGAUGUGAAAAGUUGCAUACAAAAUUAUCUGUGCAUGUAUUUUUUGGUAAUAUUGGACUUUUUUGUUCUGAACUUGCAGUUAAGUGGAUGAUAAAUAAUUUUAUUUUCUUAGGGGUUGGGAAGUAAAUAUAUCUGCUAUGUGCCACGUAAACAUUUAGUUCAUACACAUGAAAGAGUGGCUGCUGGGCACCUGUACAUGCGUUCGUCCUUCAGAACUAUGUAACGUGGCUAAUUUGCGGAAUUUAUAUAAUGUAAAUUGGGGCUCACAAGUAUUGUAGUCUCCAUAAUUAUAUGUCCCUUCUCCAGAGUUGUAUGUUAUUAACUGUACCUUGCUUUCAGCACAGUAUGGAAUACAGAUGUGGUAAAGUGUCCACAUUUUGCACAGGACAGAGACUUGAGACAAUUUCCAUGAAGUAAUGUUUUGGUGUUGUAACAUUAUGUAAAAGUGUGUGAAUUUUAUGUAUUUGUUUCAGCAUCUAAAUGGUGAUCUACGUUUAAGGAUGGCUUCUGUUGGAUUUAAGUUGAACAAAGUUCAGAGAUUUAUCAGGAAAGACACACUAGUGUAUGUACUCUUACACUCAUUGUGCCCAGGACAAUCACAAAGUUCUGUAGCUGUGUUUUAGUACGUCGCACAAAAUUGUAAUAAUUUGUGUUUAAUGGGAUGUAAAGAUAUUAAUGGUAUGAAGUUGUAUGAUGUUUAGAGACUUAAUUUGUUUUUAUUUCAUAUUUGUCUGUAUAGAAAUGUGUGUAAUUCUGCAGUACAGCUUUCAUCUAAAUUAAAUAUUUUGUAAUUUUUACAUA